AAUGCCAUUGCUUCAAUUUUAAUCCACCAGGUGAGCGGCUAUUUCAAAAGUGUCAAAUAGUUAUGGCGUAUCAGAACUUAAGAACAUUCCUGUGAUUGAGGUGUGUCGAUGAACGAGUAACAUUUCAUUUAACAUAUUUGUCAGAUUUGUAUUAUUGCUCUACGUGAUGUUGAAAAAUAUUGGACAGAUGCGGAAGCCUCUCUUUAGCACAUCUUAUUUUAGAAAGGUUACAAGUCGUUGCCAAUGUGGUGUAGUGGAGAUACCUCAAAAGAAUCUCUCACCAAAACAAAAAUUUACACACACAGUAUUGUUACCGAAAACCUCAUUUCCUCCUAGAGUGAAUGCAGCUAAGAGAGUAGAAAGUGACAAUUAUAUUUAUGAAACAUGCAAGUUUGCCGAGCUCUAUCAGUGGCAGAGGGAACACUUGAGAGGCCCAGAAUUUGUUUUACAUGAUGGACCCCCAUAUGCCAAUGGAAAACUUCAUAUGGGACAUGCAAUCAAUAAGAUAUUGAAAGACAUAACUAUUCGACAGAAACUUUUACAAGGAUUUAGGAUUCAUUAUGUGCCUGGGUGGGAUUGUCAUGGUUUGCCAAUUGAAUUAAAAGCUAUAACAGAAGAAAAUGAAAUCAUCAAAUCAGAUCCUCUUGAAAUACGAUCUAAAGCUAGAGAAAUUGUCAAAAAAGCUAUAAAUGAUCAAUUGGAAGCAUUUAAAGCAUGGGGUGUCAUGGCAAACUGGAAUGAAUGUUACUUCACAUUGAAUAUAGACUACAUAAAAAACCAACUUAACCAGUUCCUUAUAUUAUACAACAAGGGCUUAAUAUACAGAGAUUUGAAACCAAUAUUUUGGUCACCAUCUUCAAGAACUGCAUUAGCAGAAGCAGAACUUGAAUAUAAUCCCCAGCAUGUGAGCAAAUCUGUAAUAUUGGGUCUACAUGUAGUACAGUCACCAAAUUUACAAGUGCCUACAGAAGCAGCAUCGGACAACAUUAAAGCUCUAGUGUGGACUACUACACCAUGGACCUUACCUGCCAAUCAGGCUGUUUGCUUCAAUCCCAGUAUCUCGUAUUGUUUGGGGAAAAUUGAAGGUUUUGAUGAUCAAAUAUACUUAUUAGCUGAGGAAUGUGUAGCUGCAGUUGAAAUGAAAUUGGGGAAACAAUUGCAGAUUUUGAAAACAUUCUCAGGAGAAUUGCUGAAGAAUGUUCAGUACUGCCAUCCUGUAAAUGUAAAUAAACAAUUGCCUUUCCUUCCUGGAUCACAUGUAACUUCUGAAAUUGGUACAGGAUUAGUCCAUACUGCACCUGCACAUGGUCCUGAUGAUUUUGUGAUAGCAUUACAACAUCAAAUACCUUUGGUGAACUUGGUGGAUGAAAAUGGAUGUUACACUGUGGAAGCAGGGACAGACCUUGAAGGUCUUUCUGUUCUAAAGGAAGGAAAUACAAAAGUUCUCGAAAAAUUAAAAUCCCAUAUUAUACAUGUAGAAAAUUAUGUUCACAGUUACCCUUGUGACUGGAGAACCAAACAACCGGUUAUUGUAAAAGCAAGCUAUCAGUGGUUCAUAGACACUGAUGCCCUGAAGGCAAAAGCUCUUGAAUUGCUUAAGGACAUCACUGUGUACCCAUCGCAACCUCAGAGUCAUAGUGCUCUGAUUUCCCAGAUUGAGAAACGGCCUUAUUGGUGUAUCUCACGGCAGCGAAUUUGGGGAGCACCAAUCCCAGUACUUUACAAGAAAAUGGAUGGAACACCUGUAGUAUCGAGAGCAUUGAUAGAUCAUUACAAUAAAUUACUUGAAGAAAAUGGGGCUGACUUCUGGUGGGUUUUGCCAAAAGAAAAAAUCGCUCCUGACUAUCUUCUUGAAGAUCAUGGCAUUUCUUCAUCUGAUGUUGAAAAGGGGAAGGACAUUCUAGAUAUAUGGUUUGACAGUGGCCUUUCUUGGUCUUAUGUUUUGGGAAAUGAAAAAGUGGCUGAUAUGUAUCUUGAAGGAGUGGAUCAGUACACUGGGUGGUUUCAGUCUUCUCUCAUGAUUAGUGUUGGUCUGCGUGGAAAGACUCCUUACAAAUCAUUAUUUGUUCAUGGUUUUGCUGUGGAUGAAAAGGGGCACAAAAUGUCUAAAUCAAUUGGAAAUGUAAUAGAUCCGGAAGAGAUUAGAAAAGGCAAAGGAGGUAAAGAUGUUAAGAAAAAAUCUGCAUUUGGAACAGAUACUCUCAGGUGGUGGGUAGCAAGCCAUGCUUCUCAAGUUGACAAUGUACCUGUAAGUCAAAGCAUUAUGGAAGCAAGCUCUGCUGAAGUUCACAAAAUUCGAAUUGUAUUAAGAUUUCUUCUUGGAGCUCUUUCAGAUUAUUCUUCCUCAAAUGAUUCACAUUCCUUCAGAAACUUUUUCUCACUUGACUUGUGGAUGUUAGAUAAGUUGAGAAAGUUUGAAACAGAGAUAUUUGAAUCAUACAACUUGUACCAAUAUAAACGAGUUUGCAAAAUUAUUACAAACUUCAUAACCAAUGAAGUCUCUGCAAUAUAUUGUCACAUGACCAAAGACAGAUUGUAUUGUAGGAAGAAAGAUGACAUUUACAGACAGUCUUGUCAAUUUGUUAUUAAGAAUAUACUCGAAACAGUUUCCCGUGGUGUAGCGCCUGUUCUGCCAUAUUUGAUUGAGGAAGUGUACUUGCAUUAUCCUUGUAAAGCUGUAGAACAAUUUUUUUACUCAAAAUCACAUCCGAAGAUACCUGAGCAUUGGCAUUUCCCUGAUGCUGUGUCUAGAGUUGAAACUGCAUUAAAGGCUAAAGCAGUAAUUGACAAGAUGUCGUCUUGUAAUACAUUGCAACUUUAUGCAAUAGUGACAGGAUCUGGAAACGAGUUUUUGAAUUUGAAGGAACUGGCAGACCACAACGAGUUAAAUGAACUUUUGCAAGUAUCUCAUUCAGAAGUGAUGGAAGGUACAAGUGCAUUACAAAUAAAAAUAGAGCCAACUAGUGGGAAAUUGUGUGUACGAUGUCGUCGGUAUACAUCCCAAUUCGAAGAUAAAUUAUGUCAUCGUUGUGAGGAAGUUUUGAAAGAAAUGGCAUUAUAAAUUUAAGCAAUCUAUGAUGAUGAUGAUGAUAGAACAAGUGGUAUUACACAGCUAACAGACUUUUCAAACAUGUCUCACUGUUUAAUAAUUCUACGCGGCCUUUUGUGCAUAAAUGUGAAAUCUUUAUGUAUAAAUCAACAAUGCACAAGCCAAGGAAUAUAAAAAGACAUUGUUGUCAACUCACAAUGUGUAUAAAAUAAUAUGUAUUGUAAAUAGUAGGUUUUUGUCCGUGUACCCAUGAUCUUAAAGAGCGAAAAAUCUUGUUCAUAGUAAAAUUUGCAUGCAUGCAAGCAAGCAGUAUUCUUACAUCAAAUAAUAAUGGGAUAUUUAAGUUCCUGUAUGCUUGUUAACAAGCAGAGGUGCUCUGGGAAGUUCUAGCCCCCACCAGAAAAGAACCCCCAGGACAAGUUGAAUGCUAAUGAGCGAUUCAAAUGCUUUCAACUGAAAUGUUCAAUGAAAAGCAGCAUUCCCCCUCCCCCCAACAAUGAUGCCAUAUGUAUUAGAGAUCCAUCUGCAGAAGGGCAUAGGUAAGUUCUCUCUCUGCCCUUCUAAGUAUUCCAAAAACCAAGUAAUAUUACAAUAAGUCAUUGUUUCAUUUGAAUGUAAAAUUCAAAUAUUGUGCAAUAAACAUGUACAAAACAGUAUUUUCGUUUCUCUGAGAAAAGAAAUCUUAAUUUCCUUUUACAAAAAUCUCUAAUUUCUUAUUUAAACCUUUGAGUAAUUGGUUAUGUGCUUUACUUUUAGCUAUAAAGGUAGGGUUCUUCAGACAACCUAGUUUUUUUUAUGCAAGGGGAUUUUAGGAUAUUUGAUUUUUUUGUGUGUGAAUGCAUGUUCUGAUCAUUAUCGAUGUUCUUCAGCAAUGGAAAGAAGGAAGAAAGAAAGAUUUUUUUUUUUUUUUUUGUUGUUGUUGUUG